CGCACGCAGUCAGUGAAGCGACGUCAACGCGAAAUGAACGCAAAGCUGUAAAGUGAACAGGGAUGAUUUAUUUGGCAGACACGUUUUUGUAGUGUUUUCUUGAGUUUAAGAUUCAAAGGAACUUUCCUCCGUAUCCGUGGCUGUCAUUUAAAUCGCCAUCAUGGGUGACGUGAUUUCUACCAAUCUGGACGAUGCCAAGCGGGAGAUGAUUACAGCCCACACCAGUAAAGUGAUGGCCGAGUUUGGGAGGUUUUAUGAGCAGCAGUACGCUGUGGCUUUAUUCAACAGCGUGCGCUUUGAAAUUGAAGGAGGAGGGAGUAUGCAGACACAACUACUACACAGAAAGGAUCCUCUAAAGAACAAAUCCAUCUUCUCUGGAGGUCUGUUUCAGUAUCUGGAAGAGAGCAAGAAAUGGAGAAGCCGCUUUUUGUAUGUGAGCGACUCUUACAACAUCAGCUUGUUUGAGAGCAAAGCGGCACAUGAUCGUGGUCUCCACUCCAAAGGGGUCAUUAACUGUGCUGGUUACAGAGCCCUGACCUCUAUGGAAGAAUACCUGGAGCUUCUCAAUAGCAGCCUGAGUGAUAUAAAGGCAAAAGCAGGCAGUGCCCCAUUUCUAAAAUGCCCCACACAGUUUCCCCUCAUCCUGUGGCAUCCAUACGCUCGCCAUCACUACUUCUGCGUCAUGACAGAGAAGGAACAGAUGAAGUGGCACGCCGUCUUUCAGGACUGUGUGAGACACACCAACAAUGGACUGUCAGAAGAGUGCAAGGUAUCAACACCAGCUUUCACAGAUGCCCUGCGGCUCUACAUGCAGUCCAAGGGUCACUACGGCACCUGGGACCUGAUGUGUGGAGACCAGUCGCAGAUCCUCGCUAACCUGGUGAUGGAGACUUUACACCCGGAACUGAGGAAUCAAAUUGCACCUCGCCUGAAAGGAAAGCUACAGCAGAGGCAGAAGGACUGGAUGCUGAUCACAGAUGCAGUCUACAGACAGGUGCUGUCACAGACACGAACUCAUCACGAAGCUCUGGUUCAAGUAUGUGAGGUGGAGCGCCCUCGUCUGGACGCUGCUCUACGCACCGACAUGGACCAAAUCAUCACGUCUAAAGAGCACGUUUCUGGGAAAAUCCGUGCUUUGGUGUUGCCCCGCAUUGAACAGUUUGUGAGGAGCAAGAUUCAGCCCUACAUCCACUCCAUCCUGGAGGCCCUCAUGGAGCCCACGAGCAGAGGAUUUGCUGAAGUGAGGGACAUCCUCUUCCGAGAGCUGGUGGAGGUCAGCAAGAACACAAUGAACGACAGCAGCAAAGACAAACUGGGAGAGUAUAUGGACAAGAUUUCAAUGCUGGCCUUCCAUCCGGUGAAGAUGCAGAGUUGCUAUGAGAAGAUGGAGACGUUGAACCUGGAAGGCCUCCAGCAGAGAUGUGACGUCUCCAGCCCUUCAGUGUUCAUCCAGAGAGCUCAGAUCCUCAUGAGACAGCAAAUGGACGACGCCGUGUACACGUUUGAGCAGCUGCUUCAUCAGAGUCUAGAUGGCCACAGCAGAGAGGAUCUGUGCAAGAACAUCCAGCGCUGCCAGGACAGAGUGCUCAAAAAAUAUGACUAUGACAGCAGCACGGUGAGGAAGAAGUUCUUCAGGGAGGCUUUGCUUCAGAUCAUCAUACCGUACAUGCUGAAACAGCUCUCUCCGUCCUGUUCACCGGAUCUGCCCAAGUUCAAGGAGCUCAUUUUUGAAGACUUCUCUAGAUUCAUCCUAGUAGAAAACAUCUUUGAGGAGGUGAUUCUACAGUCCGUCACCAAAGACAUCAUGAUGGCCGUGAAAGAAGCUGCAGUCCAGCGCAGACACAACCUGUACAGAGACAGCAUGGUCCUGACCAACAGUGACCCCAACUUGCACCUGCUGGGAGACGAAACAAUCGACUGGGGAGGACAGUUUGGAGGAGUCAAAGGCGAGAAAAAGGGAGAAGCUACCAACAGGAAACGCAAACAAAUAGUCUCAAUGAUAAAUAUCGACGGGAUGCCUUUGCCCUACGAGUCCUGCCAGGAGGUGCCAGGAAUAGAAGGCAUCCCAGAAGAAAACGAAGGACUGGAUGUAGUAGCAGAAACCCCCCUGAAAGUAGUCGAGAAGAAAACAGGCUCUCCAGACAAAGUCAAUGAGAUCCGACACCUCAUAAACCCUGUGCUGGAAGUGGUCGAACCUGCUGAAAAACAUGGCUUGCCAUUAACCAAUGGGGUGUUGGCUUUGGAAGAGAGCGAUGAAGUGAAAGGCAUCACUGUUGUGACAGAAACAAUACCUCUAAAAAUGGCGGAUGAAGACUCGGAAUUAAGAAAAGAGACUCUAGAAGAGCAGCAAAGUGUGUCCGCCAUCGAGAGCGCCAUUCAGCAGAUCGAGAUCGCCAUCCAGGAAGACCCCGCCAUCGACUCUGAUGGAGAAUUCGCACAAAUGUCGACUGACUCCAGCCCUCGUCACCAUGAUGACAGCGGAUUUCAGUCUCCAGCCAAUGAGAAUGUAGAAGAAGUAGAGUCUCAGCCAAUCACAGAUGACAAGGAGGUGGACGCAGAGCAGGUGGUGUUAACUUUGGUGGAAACUCCCAGCUCUGAUUUAGACACUCGUCGUGAUGAUGAUGAUGCUUUGGGAAAGAAACCAGAAGUCGAAAUUACAGGUGAAAGAUGUUUGCUCUGAGUAAGGCUUGAAUGAAAGCCAGACCUCUUUUUUUUCUUUGUUUAUGGUUGAUAUUUCAGCCAAGUUGGCCUUAAUUUUAGUUUUUAUGUUUUAUUUUUUCUUUAAUUUAGAUAUUGAGAAAUGUGUAUCGUUAAGAAGUGUGUGUGUGUGUGUGUGUGCGUGCGUGCGUGCGUGCGUGCGUGCGUGCGUGCGUGCGUGCGUGCGUGCGUGCGUGCGUGCGUGCGUGCAUAAAUAUAUAGAAAUAUUCUCCAUAUAUAGAUUUCUAUCACCUUGUGUGCCUUAUAUUUGUUUGAUUUUAUGUUACUCAUGACUCCCACACUAAUGACUAUUAUGUGGCAGAGGUUUCAUAAACUGACUGGGACAGUUCCAGCAGUCAUUACUCGGACUGUGGUUUGAUCGUAAACCAAUACGCUUCACCUCUUUACAUCAGCGAGGAGGUUAGUAUUAAUGCAAAUCUGGUAAAACUCUUAUUAACAGUGAAGUGGCUGCGUUCGAUGAUCUCAACUACAGUCAUAUCUUGUUUUUUUUUAAGUUUCCGUUAAUGGUGGACUUUAUUCAAACACUAAUUCAUGUAUUUAUGCUGCAUAUUUAAGCACUUAUACAAGAACUCUGCAAAUGCGUUCAAAUAAAUUAGAGCUUUCUUUUUAAUGCGUGUAGUUUUUACUUUGUGCUUGAUGAUGAAUAUUUGAAGUGACCUUUAUCUUAAUAGUGUCUCUGUGUUUAGGCAUUUUACAGGAAUGUUCACCCAUGAAUGAGAGAUAAUAGGAAUAUUUCUUCACCCACAGGCCAUCUAAGAUUAAAUGAAAAAGUUAAAGACCAUUUUAGAGUCAAAAACUCACAUACAAAACAAACACUGAUGAUACACUGGGGAAAAGAUCAACAUCAUUUGCUAAAUGAUUACCUUUAAUACAGACUCUACAAACAGUCUUCAGUUCUGUUGUAAAUAAUGUUCACUGUCUUGCAUUGAGCAAUCGUUUCUCUUCAUAAGACUCAUUAGGAGUCACAGGCAUUCAUUUUGUUCUGCCUGUAUUUGUAUAUUUGACUCUGAAAGUGCUGGUAGCUGUUAAGUUGCACUUUAUGAAUCAUUUCAUGAACUAUUAUUAAUCAACACAAUUAAUACACAAUUAAUAAUCGUCUUUAAUUCUUAUUAAAGAAAUAAAAUGGUCUAAGAGUCAUUAAAUUAACAUUUUAAUUUAAAUAACGUGUGUUUAUUGCUCACAGACACACUCGUAUUGUACAUUAAUCCUCUUUCCAAUUUCCGCAACACCCAUAAAAUGGUGAAGAAUCUGAAGUUGUUAGAAUUUAUGCCAGCGGAUUGAAGUAGGAAAACAGUGAGGAGUUCUACUUCUGAUAUAAUAUUAUUGCACUCAUUUACCUAGUGAAAGCGCAAAAAUGGUCCGGUGCAGUUGCUGAAAUGCAUUUAUGUGAGAGAAUUUAGUUGCUCUGGAAUGUGGAUGUGGGAUAGUGUUUUUUAAAUAGAAUGAGGAUAAAAUGGUUACUUAUUCAUUACUGGAUGUAUUUAUGUUUGAAUGUUUUCUGCUCGUUUAUCUAAAAGCAACAUCAUUUAGCUUCUCACAAAUAUGUCAUCGGUUAUCUUUAUUUAUUUUAAGAGUUUGUUCAUUAUGAUAUUUUCUAUGGCUUCUGUUGCAUUUGUAAGGAAGCAAUGGAUGAAUAAAUGACUUUUUGAAAUGA